AUCCACCCGAGCCCUGUCUCAGACUUGCCGACCCCGGAAGCAGAGCGUCGGCGGGAGCUCACGCAGCGCACGCACAUCCGGGCGCCGAGUUGGCGCCAGUUUCUCCCGGCCCGCGGGCUGGGGUCGCCGCUCAGGCAGGCUGGCAGUCACAUCUGAGGACCAGAGCCACCUUGAGCCAGAGACUGAUCUCUCCCUCUUCACCUGGGGCCAGUGGCCCCCUUCCAUGGCCGACAUCACAGGGAAAACUUGGGGAGCUGGGAGUGCUCGCAGGAGCCUUUCUCUGAGACAUGGAACUUGGGGGCCGAAUGCUGUGGACAUUCCUGUCUGGCAUGGGGAGGAGGCGAGGCUCCUGGGGCCGGGCCUUCAGCUCAUGGCAACCCCGUCUGCCUCUGGUUGGGUUGUCGAGUGCCAGGGAGCAGGUCAGCCACUGGACUGCCGUCUUUGAGAAGAGGGGCAUCCCUGAAGCCCGGGAAUCCAGUGAGUACAUCGUGGCUCAUGUCCUUGGAGCCAAAACAUUCCAGAGCCUGAGGCCAGUACUUUGGACCCAGCCCCUGACUGCUUGGCAGCUACAGUGCAUCCAGGAGCUGAGUAGCCGCCGGCUGCAACGGAUGCCCGUGCAGUACGUCCUUGGGGAGUGGGACUUUCAUGGGCUCAGUCUGAAGAUGGCACCCCCAGUGUUCAUCCCUCGGCCAGAAACAGAGGAGCUGGUGGGAUGGGUGCUGGAGGAGGUGACCCAGAGGCCCUGUGCACGGGGAACCCAAGGUGGCCCCCUCAUCCUGGAGGUGGGCUGUGGGUCAGGAGCCAUCUCCCUCAGCCUGCUGAGCCAGCUCCCCAAGAGCCACGUGAUUGCUGUGGAUAAAGCAGAAGCUGCCAUCUGCCUGACCUGUGAGAAUGCUCAAAGGCUCCAGUUGCAGGAUAGGAUUCAGAUCAUCCCCUUCGAUGUGACCUUAGAGGGGAGCUGGACGCACCUUCUGCCCUGGGGCCCCAUGGACCUGGUCGUCAGCAACCCUCCCUAUGUCUUCCACCGGGACAUGGAGGAGCUGGCCCCCGAGAUCCUCAGCUAUGAAGACCCGGUAGCCCUGGACGGUGGGGAGGAGGGCAUGGGCAUCAUUACCCACAUCCUGGCCCUGGCACCACGGCUGCUGAAGGACUCUGGGAGCAUCUUCUUAGAAGUGGACCCAAGACACCCAGAGCUUGUCGACAGCUGGCUUCAGAGCCGGCCCGACCUGCCUCUCCGUCUCGUGGCUGUGCGCAGAGACCUCUGUGGGAGGCCCCGGUUCCUGCAUAUCCGGAGGUCCAGGCCACAGCGUGGCUGCCCUGUGGGUGCCUGGCCAGGGCCCCAGCCUGCCAGAGGGCCUGGCUGAUGCUUCCUCCUGGAAUGCUGCUUGGAGGAAGCUGGGGGGCCCCUCCAGAACCACAGGUGCUUGUGGCAUUUCCCACAUGGGGUGGAAGGCAGGCCAGGCACAUCCCUCCCGGUGUGGAGAGCAGGGGCACCCCACAUUCAGCUCGGGAGCCGGGCAUAUUCAGGUUCCCAGUCUGGCUCCAUCGGUCAGAGUGGCCAAGGGCAGCUGGGGCAGCCUCUCUGGCAGAUCUGCUAUGGGGAUGGUGGGAGAUGCGGCCAAUAAAGUGUCAAGAGACUGGCAAAUAGUGGCCCAGUGU